AUGCUUCUCAUGUUUUCCAGGCAGAACCUCCCAAAUGGCCGAUUCACGGGUACUAUCGUCAUCAGUGAGCUCCAGUCAUCGGGAGCCGAUCCGUUCCUUCAUCCACGGCAACCUCCCGUCGACAGUGCCCAGUACGCCCGUAGUGUGCGCGAAGACACGGCAGAGCUCGCCUCGUACCUCUUGUCCGACAAGAAGACGGGUCAAGGCCCGGGGUUUCUCUCCCGUCAACGAUCGCAGUCCUCGGCUCUCGCUCGCGAAACAGCAACUUCGGACAACGAUACUAGUGGAUUAAUAAAGGUAAAGCUACCAUCCUCGCCGGAUGAGGAUGUGGAAGGGAUUCCCGAGGACGGCCCAUCCAUCCUGACAAACCUACUCAAGAAGUCACCCCCUCAAUCGCACCGCGACCCGUCAUUCGAGCCCCAACCCGAGGCAUUGGAGCCAUUGGAGCCAUUGGAAUCAUCCGGCCCUGAACCAAAGCGAACGCCGUCUGCGGAAAGACCGCGACAAGAGGCACGGCGGUCGGCGACAAGAGUUGCCAAUGGGUCCACUGAGCGCACACCGCUGAUUUCCAGAUUGUCAUCUGACAGUUUUGAGAGCUACAAUACGAACGGGACCACCGACGGAAUUGAUAUGGAGGGACAGAAGCAGAGACCUAGGAAGAAGUGGCUACGAGGUUUGAAGGACCUGUCUGUGAACGUGGAGGAGCACGUGGCUCAUAUCAUUCAAGUCAUGACGAGUCCUAAAUCUUGGGACCGCAGGGCGCUCUGGCACAAUGCCGUGGUGGCCCCCGCGUCUUGUUUGCCGGCUGUCAUUGUUGGCUUGCUACUCAAUGUUCUCGAUGCCCUGUCUUACGGCAUGAUUCUAUUCCCCCUGGGCAAGCCCAUCUUUGCCAAUCUGGGCUCAGCGGGCAUAUCCAUUUUCUACGUUAGCACCAUUGUUUCCCAGUUAACUUUCUCGACUGGCAGUAUUUUUAAAGGGGGUGUUGGCUCUGAACUGAUCGAGGUCGUACCGUUUUUCCAUAAUAUGGCACAAACGAUCACGGACCAUAUCGGUGAAAACCAGCCUGAUGCUGUGAUUGCAACAACGAUUGUAUCGUACGCGAUUAGUUCCAUGAUGACCGGCACAGUCUUUUAUCUCAUGGGCAAGUUCAACUUUGGUUACAUGGUUGGCUUCAUCCCGAGGCACAUAUUGAUUGGGUGUAUCGGAGGUGUCGGCUGGUUCUUGGUUGCCACAGGAUUUGAAGUCUCCGCCAGGAUGGACGGCAGCCUCGAAUAUGAUAUGGAUACUCUCCAUAAGCUGUUUCGAAGCGACACGGUACCACUCUGGGUGACGCCCCUUCUGCUCGCCAUUGUGCUUUUCUACAGCCAGGCUCGAGGUGCAUCCAAGUACUUCCUGCCACUGUACAUUAUCUCGAUCCCGGUUGUCUUCUACUUUUUUGUCUUCUCUUUGGAUGCGCUCGAUCCCGAUUCUCUCCGAGAUCAUGGAUGGAUUUUUGAAGGACCACCGGCAGACGAACCGUGGUGGUACUUCUAUACGUUGUACAAAUUUCACCUGGUUGAGUGGGACGCCGUACUGGAGUGCAUUCCUGCAAUGCUUGCCCUCACCUUCUUCGGUAUUCUCCACGUCCCUAUCAAUGUUCCCGCCUUGGCUCUGCAGAGUGGCGAGGAUAAUGCCGACCUUGACCGUGAGCUCAAACUUCACGGCUACUCAAACUUUAUCUCCGGCAUGGCUGGCAGCAUCCAGAACUACCUCGUGUAUGCCAACACUGUGUUCUUCAUGCGAUCCGGAGGAGACAGCAGGCUCGCCGGAUAUAUGCUAGCAGCUCUGACCUUUGGCGUUAUGAUCAUCGGUCCUAAGAUCAUUGGCUUCAUUCCCAUUAUGAUGGUUGGCACCCUCAUCUUCGAUCUAGGCUUUGAGCUUCUUCUCGAAGCCGUAUGGCUACCAAGGAAGAAGCUAAAAGUGGCCGAAUAUCUAACGGUAAUUGUAAUCGUUCUGGUAAUGGGUAUCUACGACUUUGUUAUCGGUAUUGGUGUAGGCAUCAUUCUCGCGUUCGUAUCGUUGACCAUCCAGACAUCGAGAGUGUCUGCUGUUCGAGCCAGCUACACGGGCGAAAUUGUUGGCUCAACAGUACGCAGGAAUCCUUCGCAACACCACUACCUACAGGAAGUUCGUCGCCAGAUCCAUAUCGUGAAGCUGACUGGCUUUCUGUUUUUUGGCACAGUCGUGAGUGUCGAGGAGAAGAUUCGUGCUCUGAUCGACGACAGUUCCUUUACGGAGAGGCCCAUCAAAUACCUCAUCCUCGAUCUGUAUCAUGUCACGGGCCUCGACUACUCCGCUGGCGAAGCAUUCAACACUAUCAGCAGAUUGCUGGACAACAAGGGAAUUGUCCUCGUGUUGAGUGGGAAAGACGCAGAGAGCGAAGUUGGUCGUAAUUUGCGGGCCAUGGGGCUUGGCAACGACAACAUUGAAGUUACCUUGCUUCCGGACCUCAACUCAGCUUUGGAGAGCUGUGAAAAUGAACUACUCAAGACGUUGUACGCUAGUCAGGAGGACCUCCGGAAGGGCUCUCGUCACGCACCGACAGCCAACCUCGAUGUGCCCGCGAAGCCGGAUCGGGCAUCCUUCGACAUGGUCAUCAAUUCACCAAGACGCAACCAUCUUUAUGAAGCCGCUAGAAACGCGCUGGCGAACACGGAGUCGUCAGGCGCAAAGAAAUGGCAAAGCUUCAAAGAGCCGUUACGACUGAUGCUCCAGAUUUUCCAGGGCCUCAGCGACAAAAACGAGGACUUUUGGUUUAGAGCAGUUGGCUACUUCGUCCGGAAGGAAUACACAGCCGGCACGGUGCUCUUCACAAGAGGCGAGCCUGCAAAGGGGUUCUACUUGGUCGAGAAGGGCAUCCUCCGUGCCGACUACGACUUACCCCAAGGCUCGCUUACGGAAAGCAUCGUAGCGGGCACCACCUGUGGCGAAUUACCCUUCUUCUCCGAGACAGACCGAACGGCGACGGUGACGGUUGACAGAGAUUGCAUCGCGUGGCGUAUGGACAAGGAGGGGUGGCAGAAGCUUCAGAAAGACCAGCCGGACGUCGCCCAGGAGCUUUUGAGGGUAUCGCUGAAGCUCACUAGCGAGCGGAUGACCUCCAUCACUUCAUAUAUCUUGACCAUGGCUGGAUAG